AUGAUUUCAACAAUCGGCACAACAACAAUUCAAGCCGCGAACGGCGGGACUCUGUCCACAACAACAGCACCAAACUCGUUAGUCAUGAAUCCUACGUCAAUGUUAGUAGAGAUGAAAAACUUCAUUCCUUCUUCAUAUACUUUUGAAACAGAAAUCCAGAAGAUAAAGCAAGAACUUUUAACAAGUAAUUUAGACUGUAGUGCGAAAGAUGAAGAAAAUGAAGAAUAUCUUUAUGAAAUGCAGGACAUUAUUGACCAUUUACCCAAAUUGCCUGAAAUCCAACAACAAAAACUCACUAUUCCUGAAUUCGACGAAAUUGAAGUGAAACCAACUGACUCAGUAGAAAUAAAGAA